AUGGAGCAAACAAGGGCAGGUUCUUGCAUCCAUAAUGGUUUGUUACAAGAACAAGUGCUGAAGUGGACACACAAUGAAGGAUCGAGCAAGCAUGCAUUUCCUCGGUUAUUGAAAGAGGACAUUCCUCGUAUUGAUCAUCGUGUGAAGGAAACUGUCAAGAGGCAGCUAAGCAAGAUGCCUAUUCAAGGCCAAAUUGGUACUAGCCCUUGCAGUGGAGGGAACAAUGGCAGGUUCAUGCAUCCAAAAUCUGUUGUUACAAGAACGAGAUGUAAAGGGAUUUCUGCCCACAAAUGCUCGAGCAGUCGUGCCUUUCCUCGGUUAUUGAAAGAAGUCAUUCCUCCUGCUGAACUUCACGUGCAAGAAAUUGUCAAGAGGCAGUCCCAGGCUAACAAUUUAGCCAAGCAAGAUUCCUGUAGAAGGCCAGAGUGCAGCCCUGUGUUUCUUGAAGAAGCAUAUAGAAGAUGCAGAAACAUCUGCAAAGAUUACGCCGGGACGUAUUAUCUAGGAAGUUUGCUAAUGACAGAGGAGCGACAGAAAGCCAUAUGGGCAAUUUAUGCUUGGGGCACUAGGAUAGAUGAAAUGGUGGAUGGCCCAAAUGCUGUCUACAUGAGUACUUCUCUUCUUGACAGCUGGGAAGAAAGACUGCAAGACAUCUUCGACGGCCACCCCUAUGAUAUGGUUGAUGCUGCACUUACUGAUACAGUUUCCAAGUUCUGUCUAGACAUUAAGCCUUUCAAGGACAUGAUUGAGGGUAUGAGAAUGGAUACCAGGAAAUGUCGGUACGAGAACUUUCAAGAGCUCUACCUUUACUGCUACUAUGUUGCUGGCACAACUGGACUAAUGACAGUUCCAAUAUUAGGAAUCAAACCUGAAUCUUCUGUUUCUGUUCAAAGCAUUUAUAAUGCAGCAGUGUACUUUGGUAUUGCAAAUCAGCUUACAAAUAUCCUUAGAGAUGUGCAGGAGGAUGCAUUGCGAGGGAGAAUUUAUCUUCCACAAGAUGAGCUUGCACAAUUUGGUUUAUCCGACAAGGAUGUUUUUGCAAGAAAGGUCACGGACAAUUGGAGAGAGAUCAUGAAAGAGCAAAUUGCUAGGGCAAGAUUCUAUUACAACCUUGCAGAGCAAGGGAUCUCGCAUCUUGACAAGGCUAGCCAUUGGCCGCUAUGGUCAUCCUUGCUGCUGUACCAACAAAUAUUGGAUUCAAUCGAAGAUAAUGAUUACGAUAACCUCACAAAGCGAGCUUAUGUUGGAAGGACCAAGAAAUUUCUACUAUUGUCCCAAGCAUACAGAAAAGCUUAA